CUAGCAGGUGACCAGUGCUUGUCCGAAGGAGCACGAGUGGGACUCGUGGAGGAGGCUGCAGGUGAAGAUGUCCCACCCGGAAUCUCGCUAUUCCUUCGAUGUCCCAAACAAUUGCAUCGACUUUGCAACUCUGGGCGAGGAGGACGAUGCACCCGGUGCAGACUCCUGGUUUGACCAACAAGCCAACCUGGAGAACAUCCCUCCUGCGGGAAACCUGGCAAAUGGCUCCCAGAACAGCCCUGCUUUUUCCAAGCCUGAUAUUAUUCUGUCUGUCACAUCACAACAAAUGACAAUGGGUGAAGGCGAUGGGGAAGCAGAAUGCAUGCAGGCCUAUGAGGUUCCUCAGAAUAUUGUUGGAUCCCUGACAAGCUGGAGAGCUGCUGCUCCUGCAGAGGCCCCUCAAAGAGCGGGCAGAAGACAGGCCAUGAGGCAGAGAAAAGCACAGCAACACACCCAGGCAGCUAGAGUCAAAGCAGAGGGAAAUGCCUUGGCUAAUAAGGAAGAGGUUCCACCUCCAAAGAAAAGGAGAAUCCCUAGGGCACCAGGGAAAACCAAGCGCUCUCUCCCUGGGCCUGUGGUGAGUUCUAGCAACAGAGAGAGGCAGACAGAAGGAUCCACCGAGAAAGAGCCCCUGCAGAGUCGUGGGCUCUCCCCAGGGAGAGGGAAGAGUAAACUGACCAUGCCCUCCACGCCAACCAUGUUAAAGAGGGCCAAUCAUUCUGGCAAGCUGAAGAGUACAGAGGAACAGGAGCUGGAAAAGAUGCAGCAAUUCCAGCGGGAGGUUAUGGAGAUGAGGAGGAAGAAUGAGGAGUCUCUGAAAGCAGCGAUUGCUGGAGCAGGACAACCUGUGAGGAGAGCUGUUGGUCAAGUAACAAAGGCAGUUGACUUCCACUUCUGCACAGAGAACAGGAUUAAACAGCAUGUGGAAAGCCAGCCCAGGGACGAGUACAAGGAGGUGGAUUUUGCAGCAGAGCUAAGGAAGCAUCCUCCCUCCCCGAUGCGGCCACUGAAGGGACCCACUAUUGCCAAACCUUUCAACCUGUCCCAGGGAAACAAAAGAAAACUUGAAGAGAGCACAUCCGAAUACGUGUCCCUUGCUGAGCAGGUAGAAGCAUUCCAAAAACACACACCCCCUCGUUACCAUUUGAGGAGCAGGAAAUCUAAUGAAGGCCCACCUCCAGGGAAGGCUGUGAAAGCUCGGUUUACCAACCCUAAAACACCAUUGCUUCUGACAAAGCAGCGCUUCAGACCUACCACCUGCAAAACUACAGCAGAGUUAGAAGCAGAGGAAAUAGAGAAACUUCAACAGUACAAAUUCAAAGCACGAGAACUCAAUCACAGAAUCUUUGAGGGUGGGCCACUCCUGCCCAAGAAACCCACUGUGAAGGCACUCACGCAGCCCAUUGGCUUUGAUUUGGAGAUAGAAAAAAGGAUUCAGGAACGUGAGAGUAAGAAGCAGCAGGAGGAAAAGCACUUUGAAUUCCAUUCCAGGCCAUGUCCCACGAAAAUCCUGGAGGAUGUUGUGGGUGUUCCAGAGAAGAAAGCUCUUCCUGUUACAGUCCCCAAGUCUCCAGUCUUCACCUUGAAAAGCAGAACCCGAACAUCUGGCAAAGAUGAAGAAAAGGAAAAAGAAGAGGUGCCUGUCAUUAAAGCCAACCCCAUGCCACAUUACGGAGUGCCCUUCAAGCCUAAAAUGCCAGAGCAGAGGCACGUGGAAGUUUGCCCCUUCUCUUUCGAUGCCCGUGACAAGGAGCGGCAAAUGCAGAAAGAGAAAAAGAUUGAAGAAUUGCAGAAGGAAGAGGUGCCCAAGUUCAAAGCACUGCCUCUGCCAUACUUUGACCACGUGAAACUGCCAGAAAAGAAGGUCAAAAAGCCAACUCAGCCUGAGCCCUUCAAUCUGCAGGUGGAUGAGAGGGGAGCUGCCAAGCUCCAGAGCUGGAAACAGCAGCUUAAAGAAGACUUGAAAAAGCAGAAAGAGGCAGCUUGUUUUAAAGCACGUCCCAACACAGUGGUGUACCAGGAGCCUUUUGUGCCCAAGAAGGAGAAUAAGUUGUUAUCAGAGAGCCUUUCUGGUUCUGUAGUUCCUGAAAGCUUUGAGCUGGCAACGGAAAAAAGGGCUAAAGAGCGGCAAGAGUUUGAAAAGUACUUGGCAGACAAAGAGGCCGUAAAGGAGAGGCUUCAAGAGAAGGUGAAACAGGAGCAAGAGGAGCGUGAGAAGGAAGAAGUUGCUAAGCUAAGGCAAGAAAUGGUUCACAAGGCAAACCCAAUACGCAGAUACCGCAGCUUAGAGGUGAAGUCCAGUGAGCAGCCACUGACCAUGCCAAAGUCUCCCAACUUCUCAGAUAGAUUCCGGUGCUGAUUCACGUCCAUGUGAUGACAAGAGGGAGAUCCUAUCCUUCUCUGCUCCCUUGGUAGGGAGGGAAGAGUCAUUCUUAUGUGACUGCUCAGUCUCAGCCUUGUUCCAUUAUUGUUCUCUUGAGUAGUUUACCUCCACCUGAGGCACAGCAACAGGCCCUGCCACACGGCCUCACUUCAUCUCCCCACCUCUUGCUCUCUAAAGACUAGACCAGGUUUUGGUUUUGUAUACAGAUAUUGUGUACCUGAACUAAAUAAAACUCCCAGCCUGCUGGCUCGCUCUUGCUACUGGGCUGAAUCCCUCUCCUGCAGAAGAGUUUUUGGUA